CGUCAUGUUUUCUCUUUGACAAGCUCCCGCCGCUGCGGAAAGAUCGCGGCUCUGGGCCGGGACCUGCCACCUCCGGACCCCGACCAGCUGCCGCUCCGCCUGGACCCUGGACUAAUGGCAGAAGAAUAAACAAAGAUGGCAGCUAUGGUGCCACCAGUGAAGCUGAAAUGGCUUGAACAUCUAAACAGUUCCUGGAUCACAGAAGACAGUGAAUCUAUUGCCACUAGGGAAGGAGUUUCUGUCCUGUAUUCUAAAUUAGUCAGCAAUAAGGAAGUAGUGCCCUUGCCCCAACAGGUUCUGUGCCUCAAAGGACCUCAGUUACCAGAUUUUGAACGUGAAUCCUUAUCCAGUGAUGAACAGGACCACUACUUGGAUGCCCUACUUAGCAGCCAGCUGGCACUGGCUAAGAUGGUGUGUUCAGAUUCUCCAUUUGCUGGAGCACUUCGAAAACGUCUGCUUGUGUUGCAGCGUGUCUUUUAUGCACUUUCUAAUAAAUAUCAUGAUAAAGGCAAGGUGAAACAGCAACAGCAUUCUCCAGAAAGCAGUUCUGGAUCAACAGAUGUCCAUUCUAUCAGCGAGCGUCCCAGGUCAAGUACAGAUGCUCUAAUAGAAAUGGGAGUCCGGACUGGACUAAGCUUGCUAUUUGCACUACUAAGACAAAGUUGGAUGAUGCCUGCUUCAGGACCUGGCCUAAGUCUUUGCAAUGAUGUCAUUCAUACUGCAAUAGAAGUUGUGAGCUCUUUGCCACCCUUAUCUCUAGCAAAUGAAAGUAAGAUUCCACCAAUGGGACUUGACUGUUUAUCACAAGUAACGACAUUUCUUAAAGGAGUAACUAUUCCUAACUCUGGGGCAGAUACUUUAGGUCGUAGGCUAGCAUCUGAGUUGCUUCUUGGUUUAGCUGCCCAGCGUGGUUCUCUGAGAUACCUUCUUGAAUGGAUAGAGAUGGCUCUAGGAGCGUCAGCAGUAGUAAAUGCAAUGGAGAAAAACAAAAUGCUGCCAAGUCAAGAAGGGAUGAUCAGUUUUGACUGCUUUAUGAAUAUAUUAACGCAGAUGCGGAGAUCUUUGGGAUCAUCUGCUGAUCGAAGUCAGUGGAGGGAACCAACUAGAACACCUGAUGGUUUAUGCUCUCUCUAUGAGGCAGCUUUGUGUUUGUUUGAGGAGGUUUGUCGAAUGGCAUCAGACUAUUCUAGAACAUGUGCCAGCCCUGACAGUAUACAAACUGGUGAUGCUCCCAUUGUUUCUGAGACUUGUGAAGUAUAUGUUUGGGGUAGUAACAGCAGCCACCAGCUGGUAGAAGGAACACAAGAGAAAAUACUUCAGCCCAAACUAGCACCAAGUUUUUCUGAUGCACAAACUAUUGAAGCCGGACAAUAUUGUACUUUUGUCAUUUCCACGGAUGGUUCUGUCAGAGCCUGUGGUAAAGGCAGCUAUGGGAGGCUAGGACUUGGUGACUCCAAUAACCAGUCCACACUGAAAAAAUUGACUUUUGAGCCUCACAGGUCUAUUAAAAAAGUAUCAUCUUCUAAAGGAUCUGAUGGUCACACUUUAGCAUUUACCACAGAGGGGGAAGUCUUCAGCUGGGGUGAUGGUGACUAUGGAAAACUGGGACAUGGAAAUAGCUCAACACAGAAAUAUCCCAAACUUAUUCAGGGUCCUUUACAAGGAAAGAUAGUUGUAUGCGUGUCAGCUGGAUACAGGCACAGUGCCGCUGUUACAGAAGAUGGAGAGUUGUAUACUUGGGGUGAAGGAGACUUUGGAAGACUAGGUCAUGGUGACAGCAAUAGCCGUAACAUUCCCACUUUAGUCAAAGACAUUAGCAAUGUAGGAGAAGUUUCUUGUGGCAGUUCACACACAAUAGCGCUAUCCAAAGAUGGAAGAACAGUAUGGUCAUUUGGAGGAGGAGAUAAUGGUAAACUUGGCCAUGGUGAUACCAAUAGAGUAUAUAAACCUAAAGUUAUAGAAGCUUUACAAGGAAUGUUUAUUCGCAAAGUGUGUGCUGGGAGCCAAUCUUCACUUGCCUUGACAUCAACAGGACAGGUCUAUGCAUGGGGCUGUGGUGCAUGCCUGGGCUGUGGUUCUUCAGAAGCUACUGCUCUUAGACCCAAGCUGAUUGAAGAGCUGGCUGCUACAAGAAUAGUUGAUACUUCAAUUGGUGACAGCCAUUGUUUGGCACUUUCUCAUGAUAAUGAAGUUUAUGCUUGGGGUAACAAUUCCAUGGGACAGUGCGGUCAGGGAAAUUCCACUGGUCCCAUUACUAAACCAAAGAAAGUAAGUGGUUUAGACGGAAUAGCAAUUCAGCAGAUUUCAGCUGGCACUUCUCAUAGCCUUGCCUGGACAGCCCUUCCAAGGGACAGACAAGUUGUUGCAUGGCACAGACCAUACUGUGUAGACCUUGAAGAAAGUACCUUCUCCCAUCUCCGGUCCUUUCUUGAGCGGUACUGUGAUAAAAUUAACAGCGAGAUUCCCCCUCUUCCUUUCCCUUCAUCAAGAGAACAUCACAAUUUCCUGAAGUUGUGCCUGAAGUUGCUUUCUAAUCAUCUUGCUCUUGCGUUAGCUGGAGGAGUAGCUACUAGCAUUCUUGGAAGGCAGGCAGGCCCACUUCGGAAUUUGCUGUUUAGGUUGAUGGACUCCUCUGUCCCAGAUGAAAUACAGGAAGUUGUAAUUGAGACGCUGUCAGUAGGUGCAACUAUGCUUCUACCUCCAUUGCGAGAAAGAAUGGAAUUGCUGCAUUCUCUUCUACCCCAAGGCCCUGAUAGAUGGGAGAGCUUAUCGAAGGGGCAGAGAAUGCAGUUGGAUAUUAUUCUGACGAGUUUGCAAGAUCAUACCCAUGUAGCCUCACUACUUGGUUAUAGUUCACCAUCUGAUGCAACAGAAGUUUCUUCACUAUCUGUUGGCUAUGGAAACCUCUCUGAUCAAACAUAUGGUGUCCAGAGCAGCCAUCCAGAUACUCAUCUAGCUGAAAUUUUAAUGAAGACUCUGCUAAGAAAUUUAGGAUUUUACACGGAUCAAGCCUUCGGAGAGUUGGAAAAGAAUAGUGAUAAGUUUUUACUUGGGACGUCAUCAUCUGAAAACAGCCAACCUGCUCAUCUUCAUGAGCUGUUGUGUUCACUGCAGAAACAAUUGCUGGCUUAUUGUCAUAUCAACAGUGUUAGUGAGAAUUCUAGCAGUGUGGCACUGCUACACAAACACCUCCAGCUUUUACUGCCUCAUGCUACAGAUAUCUAUUCACGUUCUGCAACUCUUCUUAAGGAAAGUUCUUGGAAUGGCAGUGUUGGGGAAAAACUAAGAGAUGUAGUUUAUGUAUCUGCAGCUGGCAGUAUGCUGUGCCAGAUUGUUAACUCAUUGUUGUUACUGCCUGUGUCAGUGGCCCGGCCUUUAUUGAGUUAUCUGCUAGAUCUGUUGCCACCUCUUGAUCGCCUUAAUAGACUGUUACCCGCUGCUGCCCUAUUAGAAGAUCAGGAAUUACAGUGGCCGCUUCAUGGUGGAACUGAACUAAUUGAUCCUGCUGGAGUGCCCUUACCACAGCCUGCCCAAUCUUGGGUAUGGCUUGUUGAUCUAGAGAGAACUGUAGCUCUGCUUAUUGGACGCUGUCUUGGUGGAAUGCUUCAGGGAUCCCACGUGUCCCCAGAGGAACAGGAUACAGCCUAUUGGUUGAAAACACCACUGUUCAGUGAUGGAGUGGAAAUGGACAUUCCUCAUUUAGACAAAUGCAUGAGUUCCCUGUUGGAAGUGGCCCUCUCUGGAAAUGAGGAACAGAAGCCAUUUGAUUAUAAGCUGCGACCUGAGAUUGGUGUCUUCGUUGAUUUGGCCUUGGGUUGUACAAAAGAGCCAGCCCGUAGUCUCUGGCUCAGUAUGCAAGACUAUGCUGUUAGUAAAGAUUGGGACAGUGCAACCUUAAGUAACGAGUCACUCUUGGAUACUGUGUCUAGAUUUGUUCUUUCAGCUCUUUUGAAACACACAAAUUUACUUAGUCAAGCUUGUGGUGAGAGCAGAUAUCAGCCUGGCAAAGCCCUGGCAGAAGUAUACCGCUGUGUGUAUAAAGUUCGGAGUCGCUUGCUUGCUUGCAAAAACAUGGAACUUAUUCAAACUAGGUCAUCCUCAAGAGACAGAUGGAUGUCAGAAAACCAGGAGUCUGCAGAUAUUGAUCCCCAAGAGCAUUCUUUUACUCGGACCAUUGAUGAAGAAGCUGAAAUGGAGGAGCAGGCAGAGAGAGACAGAGAAGAGGGGCAUCCAGAACAAGAAGAUGAAGAGGAGGAAAGAGAGCAUGAAGUCAUGACAGCCGGAAAAAUAUUUCAAUGUUUCCUAUCAGCCCGUGAAGUAGCUCGCAGUCGGGAUCGAGAUAGGAUGAACACUGGAAAUGGGACUAGAGUUGAUGAUCAGCCUCCUCAGUCCCAACAGGAACGAAGAGUUAGCACAGAUCUUCCGGAGGGUCAAGAUGUGUACACUGCUGCAUGCAACUCUGUGAUCCAUAGAUGUGCCUUGUUGAUCUUAGGAGUAAGCCCUGUUAUUGAAGAGCUCCAAAAACGAAGGGAGGAAGGACAGUUGCAGCAAACUUCAACUAGUACACCUGAAGGGAUUGGACUCAUGACUAGGAGUGAAAGUCUUACUGCAGAGAGUCGUUCAACCCACUCUAGUUCAAACUAUAGGCUGAUCAAAUCGAGGAGUGAAUCUGAUUUAUCUCAGCCUGAAUCAGAUGAAGAGGGUUACUCACUGAGUGGAAGACGAAAUGUUGAUUUGGAUUUGGCAUCCUCACAUAGAAAGAAGGGAGCAAUGCACAGUCAAGUGGAACCGCUAAGUGACUCAUGGGCUCGACUAAAACACAGCAGAGAUUGGUUGUACAGCUCCUCUUACUCAUUUGUUGAAUCUGAUUUUGAUCUUUCAAAAUCCCUUGGAGUUCAUACUUUGAUUGAAAAUGUUGUCAGUUUCAUAAGUGGAGAUGUAGGAAACUCACCAGGUUUUAAGGAGCCAGAGGAAAGUAUGUCCACUAGCCCCCAGGCUUCAGUUAUUGCAAUGGAACAGCAGCAGCUGAGGGCCGAGCUUCGUUUGGAAGCACUUCAUCAGAUCCUAGUAUUGCUGUCAGGGAUGGAGGAGAAAGGUAGUGCCCCAUUAAUGGGAAGCCGUCAAGGGCCAGCAUUUCAGUCUUCCUCACUGCUUACUUCUGUUAGACUACAGUUUCUAGCUGGAUGCUUUGGCUUGGGCACUGUUGGACAUGCAGGAGCCAAAGGGGAGAGUGUCCGAUUGCAUCACUAUCAGGAUGGUAUCCGAGCAGCCAAGAGAAAUAUUCAGAUUGAAAUCCAAGUGGCUGUGCACAAGAUUUACCAGCAAUUAUCUGUUACAUUGGAGAGAGCUCUGCAAGCAAAUAAACACCACAUAGAAGCACAACAGCGCCUCCUGUUGGUAACUGUCUUUGCUCUAAGUGUACACUAUCAGCCUGUUGAUGUCUCCUUGGCCAUUUCCACUGGUCUACUAAAUGUACUAUCACAGUUGUGUGGCACAGACACCAUGCUGGGACAGCCACUGCAAUUAUUGCCCAAAACUGGUAUUUCUCAACUCAGCACUGCUUUGAAAGUGGCUAGUACAAGGUUGCUUCAAAUCCUUGCCAUUACCACAGGAACUUAUGCUGAUAAAUUGAGUCCCAAAGUGGUCCAGUCUUUGCUGGAUCUGCUAUGCAGUCAGUUGAAGAACCUGUUAUCACAAGCUGGUGUGAUGCUUAUGGCUUCCUUCGGAGAAGGUGAAGGUGAGGAAGAUGAGGAAGAAGAAGAAAAGAAGUUAGAUUCAAAUGGAGAUAAUGAGAAGAAAGACUUCAGAGCUGCACUCCGGAAGCAACAUGCAGCAGAAUUGCACCUGGGAGACUUUUUAGUCUUUCUACGAAGAGUUGUUUCUUCAAAAGCCAUUCAGUCAAAAAUGGCUUCUCCAAAAUGGACAGAGGUGCUUCUUAAUAUUGCAUCUCAAAAGUGUUGUUCAGGAGUACCUCUAGUGGGCAACCUAAGGACCAGACUCCUUGCACUUCAUGUACUAGAAGCUGUGUUGCCUGCGUGUGAAUCUGGUGUUGAAGAUGAUCAGAUGGCUCAGGUUGUUGAACGAUUGUUCUCACUUCUGUCUGACUGCAUGUGGGAGACACCGAUAGCUCAGGCUAAAUAUGCAAUUCAAAUAAAAGAGAGAGAACAAGAAAUGAAGCUGCAGAAGCAGGGAGAAUCUGAAGAAGAGGAUGAGAAUCUUCCUAUACAGGAAGUGUCCUUUGAUCCUGAGAAAGCUCAAUGCUGCAUAGUGGAGAAUGGGCAGAUUUUAACUCAUGGCAGUGGAGGUAAAGGAUACGGACUAGCAUCCACAGGAGUCACUUCUGGGUGUUAUCAGUGGAAGUUCUAUAUUGUGAAGGAAAAUCGAGGCAAUGAAGGCACAUGCGUAGGAGUGUCUCGCUGGCCAGUACAUGACUUUAACCAUCGUACUACCUCAGAUAUGUGGCUGUAUAGAGCCUACAGUGGUAACCUGUAUCAUAAUGGGGAACAGACUUUGACUCUGUCCAGUUUUACCCAAGGAGACUUCAUCACAUGUGUAUUAGAUAUGGAAGCUAGAACUAUUUCCUUUGGUAAAAAUGGAGAGGAGCCAAAACUAGCUUUUGAAGAUGUGGAUGCAGCAGAAUUAUACCCUUGUGUAAUGUUUUAUAGCAGUAACCCAGGAGAAAAGGUGAAAAUUUGUGAUAUGCAGAUGCGUGGCACCCCAAGGGACUUGCUACCUGGUGACCCUAUCUGUAGUCCUGUUGCUGCAGUGCUGGCAGAGGCCACUAUCCAACUUAUCCGCAUCCUUCAUCGUGCAGACCGUUGGACGCACUGCAUCAAUAAAAAAAUGAUGGAACGGCUGCACAAAAUCAAAAUGUGCCUUAAAGAAGCAGGUCAAAAACUGAAGAAAAGUCGCUCGGUCCAAAGUCGAGAUGAGAAUGACAUGAGAGAGGAGAAAGAGAAUAAAGAGGAGGAGAAAAAUAAACAUAGUAGACAUGGUCUUGCUGACCUCUCGGAACUUCAGCUUAAGACUCUCUGUGUAGAGGUGUGGCCUGUGCUUGCAGUAAUUGGUGGAGUUGAUGCUGGUCUUAGAGUUGGAGGCCGAUGUGUACACAAGCAAACUGGACGUCAUGCCACUUUACUUGGAGUAGUCAAAGAGGGCAGUACAUCUGCUAAGGUCCAGUGGGAUGAAGCAGAGAUUACUAUCAGCUUCCCAACUUUUUGGUCGCCUAGUGAUACUCCAUUGUAUAAUCUGGAGCCCUGUGAACCACUGCCUUUUGAUGUUGCAAGAUUCCGUGGACUGACAGCUACUGUGUUGCUGGACCUUACCUAUCUGACUGGUAUUCAUGAAGACAUGGGGAAACAAAGUGCCAAGAGACAUGAGAAAAAACACAGACAUGAGACUGAAGAUAAAGGGGACAUUGAACAGAAAACGGAGGGGGACACUGGAUCAGAUAUGCGAUCACUACUAAGUGCUGAUGAUAUCAGAGGACCUAUCACCACGUGUUCCAAGUCAGAAAAUGAAAUAGCUUCCUUCUCUUUAGAACCAACACCACUAGGUAUGGAGUCCCAGCAUCAACCCAUAGAAGGAAAAAGAAAGAAUCAUGAACACAUACCAAGAAAUCACGAUGUAGUACAGUCAGAAAUCAGAGCAGUACAAUUAUCCUAUCUUUACCUUGGUGCUAUGAAAUCGCUGAGUGCUCUUCUUAGUUGUAGUAAAUAUGCUGAGUUACUACUGAUACCAAAAGUCCUUGCAGAAAAUGGUCACAAUUCUGAUUGUGCUAGUUCUCCAGUUGUUCAUGAAGAUGUUGAAAUGCGUGCUGCAUUGCAGUUCCUGAUGCGACACAUGGUGAAAAGGGCAGUCAUGCGUUCACCAAUAAAGAGAGCUCUAGGACUAGCAGAUUUGGAACGAGCACAAGCCAUGAUCUACAAGUUAGUGGUUCAUGGGCUGUUGGAGGACCAGUUUGGUGGCAAAAUUAAACAAGAAGUAGACCAGCAAGCAGAAGAAAGUGAACAAGCUCAACAGGCCCAAACACCAGUUACUACCAGUCCUUCUGCUUCUAGUACUACAUCUUUUAUGAGCAGCUCUCUGGAGGAUACUACUACUGCUACUACCCCAGUAACAGAUACUGAAACAGUGCCAGCUUCAGAAUCACCUGGAGUUAUGCCUCUUAGUCUUCUUAGGCAAAUGUUCUCAAGUUACCCAACCACUACAGUACUUCCAACACGACGUGCACAAACUCCUCCAAUAUCCUCCUUACCAACAUCUCCUUCUGAUGAAGUGGGAAGGAGGCAAAGUCUGACCUCUCCUGAUUCCCAGUCCGCAAGACCUGCCAAUCGUACAGCUUUGUCAGAUCCAAGUAGUCGGCUUUCAACUUCUCCUCCUCCACCUGCCAUUGCUGUUCCAUUGUUAGAAAUGGGAUUCUCUCUCAGGCAAAUUGCAAAAGCUAUGGAAGCCACAGGCGCAAGAGGAGAAGCAGAUGCUCAGAAUAUCACAGUGCUGGCCAUGUGGAUGAUAGAGCAUCCUGGGAAUGAAGAAGAUGAAGAGCCCCAGUCAGAAGGAACUGCAGAUUCACAUCAUGGUACAAUAGUUUCUGGAAGCAGUGGAAAAUCUAGUGAACAGUGUUAUUUACAAUCACCAGGAGAUAUCCCUUCAGCUGAUGCCACUGAAAUGGAGGAAGGUUUCAGUGAAAGUCCUGAUAAUAUGGAUCAUGCAGAGAAUGCAGCUUCUGGAAGUGGACCCCCCUCAAGAGGUCGGUCAGCAGUAACAAGGAGACACAAAUUUGACUUAGCUGCCCGGACAUUGCUAGCACGUGCUGCGGGAUUAUACCGCUCCGUACAGGCUCACAGAAAUCAGAGUCGGAGAGAGGGAAUAUCUUUGCAGCAAGAUCCAGGAGCCUUAUAUGACUUCAACUUGGAUGAAGAGUUAGAAAUUGACCUUGAUGAUGAAGCAAUGGAAGCAAUGUUUGGACAGGAUCUAGCCAGUGAUAAUGAUAUUCUGGGAAUGUGGAUCCCAGAGGUAUUGGAUUGGCCUACCUGGCAUGUUUGUGAGUCUGAAGACAGAGAAGAAGUGGUGGUUUGUGAAUUGUGUGAAUCCAGUGUUGUCAGCUUCAAUCAACACAUGAAAAGAAAUCACCCUGGUUGUGGCCGUAGUGCAAAUCGACAAGGCUAUCGUAGCAAUGGUUCCUAUGUGGAUGGAUGGUUUGGUGGUGAAUGUGGAAGUGGAAAUCCAUACUACCUAUUGUGUGGCAGCUGCAGAGAGAAAUAUUUGGCCUUGAAAAGUAAAUCCAAGACAUCAACAUCAGAAAGGUACAAAGGCCAGGCUCCUGACUUAAUAGGCAAGCAAGACAGUGUCUAUGAAGAAGACUGGGAUAUGUUGGAUGUUGAUGAAGAUGAAAAGCUGACAGGAGAAGAGGAAUUUGAGUUACUGGCUGGCCCCCUGGGGUUAAAUGAUCGCCGUAUUGUACCUGAGGCAGUUCAGUUCCCUGACAGUGAUCCACUAGGAGCAUCAGUUGCAAUGGUCACGGCCACCAACAGUAUGGAGGAGACUUUGAUGCAGAUAGGCUGUCAUGGCUCCAUAGAAAAAAGUUCUUCUGGCAGGAUAACCCUGGGGGAACAAGCUGCUGCUCUAGUAAAUCCACAUGACCGUGUUAUGGCACUAAGAAGAGUGACAGCAGCAGCCCAAGUGCUUCUUGCAAGAACCAUGGUUAUGAGAGCACUCUCACUAUUGUCUGUCAGUGGGUCCAGUUGUAGUCUUGCGGCUGGUCUUGAGUCCUUGGGUUUAACAGAUAUCCGAACUUUGGUUCGAUUAAUGUGCCUGGCUGCAGCAGGGAGAGCAGGCCUUUCAACAAGUCCAUCCACUAUGUCCAGUACUACAGAGCGUUCUAGAGGAGUACAUAGUAAAACAAGCAAGCCUAUAUCUUGCCUGGCAUACCUGAGUACAGCCGUAGGCUGUUUGGCAUCAAAUACUCCUAGUGCUGCAAAACUGCUGGUACAGUUGUGUACACAGAACUUGAUUUCUGCCGCGACUGGUGUAAAUUUGACUACAGUUGAUGAUCCAAUUCAAAGAAAAUUUUUGCCAAGCUUUCUGCGAGGAAUUGCAGAAGAAAACAAGCUUGUAACAUCGCCCAACUUUGUGGUAACUCAGGCACUUGUAGCAUUGUUGGCAGACAAAGGGGCCAAAUUGAGGCCGAACUAUGAUAAAGCAGAAAUUGAAAAGAAAGCAGGUUUAAUUGCCCAUUUGUAUGCCCAUCCUCCCUAUGAUCCUUCUGCUGUAGGCCCUCUGGAGCUGGCUAAUGCAUUAGCAGCUUGCUGCCUUUCCUCAAGGUUGUCUUCACAACAUAGGCAGUGGGCUGCACAGCAGCUUGUGCGAACUCUUGCAGCACAUGACCGAGACAACCAAAUUAGCCCUCAGACCCUUGCUGAUAUGGGUGGAGAUCUACGAAAAUGCUCCUUCAUAAAACUGGAGGCUCAUCAGAACAGGGUCAUGACAUGUUUUUGGUGCAAUAAAAAGGGACUUUUGGCAACUAGUGGAAAUGAUGGGACUAUAAGAGUGUGGAAUGUAACAAAGAAGCAGUAUUCAUUGCAGCAAACAUGUGUAUUCAACAAAUUAGAAGGUGAUUCAGAAGAAAGUCUGGGAUCACCCAGUGACCCUAGCUUGUCUCUUAUCUGUUGGAGCAUCAGUGGCAAGUAUCUGGCUGGAGCUUUGGAAAAAAUGGUGAACAUAUGGCAAGUCAAUGGAGGAAAAGGAUUACUAGACCUUCAGCCACAUUGGGUAUCUGCUCUAGCUUGGCCAGAAGAAGGGCCAUCUGCAGCAUGGACAGGAGACACUCCAGAAGUAUUAUUAGUAGGUCGUAUGGAUGGAUCUCUUGGGCUUAUUGAAGUUGUAGAUCUUUCAACCAUGCAUCGAUUAGAACUGGAGCAUUGCUACAGAAAGGAUGUUUCUGUCACAUGCCUUGCGUGGUUCAGUGAAGACAGACCAUUUGCAGUUGGCUAUUCAGAUGGAAAAUUGCUGAUAGGUACGAAGGAGCCACUUGAAAAAGGAGGAAUUGUUCUAGUUGAUGCACAUAAGGACACUAUUGUUAGUGUGAAGUGGGAUCCAACUGGUAAGAUUCUCAUGACAUGUGCCAAAGAAGAAACGGUGAAACUCUGGAGAUAUAUGGGGGGAUGCUGGAGACGUUUGCAUUCACUCUCCCAUCCAGCUAUUGUGAAUAGUAUUACCUGGUGCAACCUUCCAGGGAAAGGACCCAAGCUGCAGUUGUUACUGGCUACAGGAUGCCAGAAUGGCUUAGUGUGUGUUUGGAGUGUUCCCCAGGAUAUGCUGAUCAUGUUGCAGUCCAGCUCAAGUAGUGCAGAAGGAUGGUGGGAACAGGAAACAAGUGGCAAGGAUGGAUACAGAAAAGCAGCGGAUGCCAAGUGCAUUUAUCAGCUGAGAGGACAUAUUACUCCUGUUCGGACUGUGGCCUUCAGCUCUGAUGGACUGGUAUUAGUGUCUGGUGGGCUUGGUGGGCUCAUGAACAUUUGGUCUUUACGGGAUGGCUCUGUAUUACAAAGUGUUGUGAUCGGUUCUGGAGCUAUUCAGACUGCAGUAUGGAUCCCUGAUGUUGGAGUAGCUGCUUGCUCAAAUAGAUCAAAGGAUGUGUUGGUGGUGAAUUGCACAUCAGAGUGGAUAUCUUCCAAUCAUGUCCUUGCAACAUGUAGGACUGCACUGAAACAACAGGGAGUUUUAGGAUUAAAUGUGGCCCCUUGCAUGAGGGCUUUCUUGGAACGUUUGCCAAUAAUGCUUCAGGAACAAUAUGCCUAUGAAAAGCCCCAUGUGGUCUGUGGAGAUCAGCUUGUUCAUAGCCCUUAUAUGCAGUGCCUGGCUUCACUUGCUGUGGGGCUUCACCUCGAUCAGCUUUUGUGCAAUCCACCAAUACCGCCUCAUCACCAGAACUGCCUCCCUGAUCCCUCAGCUUGGAAUCCUACAGAGUGGGCCUGGUUAGAAUGUUUUUCAACUACUAUAAAAGCUGCUGAAGCUCUGGCCAAAGGAGCACAGUUUCCAGAAUCCUUUACUGUUCCAGAUCUGGAGCCUGUGCCAGAGGAUGAGCUUACACUUCUAAUGGAUAACAGUAAAUGGAUUAAUGGUAUGGAUGAGCAGAUUAUGUCCUGGGCAACAUCAAGGCCUGAGGAUUGGCACCUUGGUGGCAAAUGUGAUGUGUAUCUAUGGGGAGCAGGGCGCCAUGGGCAGCUAGCAGAAGCUGGUAGAAAUGUCAUGAUACCAGUAGCAGCACCUUCAUUCUCACAGGCUCAACAGGUUAUUUGUGGUCAGAACUGUACUUUUGUCAUUCAAGCUAACGGUACAGUUUUGGCUUGUGGAGAAGGGAGUUAUGGCAGAUUGGGACAAGGAAAUUCUGAUGACCUUCAUGUGUUAACUGUUAUUUCAGCACUUCAAGGUUUUGUUGUAACACAGCUAGUGACCUCUUGUGGAUCUGAUGGACAUUCCAUGGCUUUGACAGAAAGUGGUGAGGUCUUUAGCUGGGGAGAUGGAGAUUAUGGUAAACUGGGCCAUGGGAACAGUGACCGACAGCGCAGACCCAGGCAAAUAGAGGCCUUACAAGGAGAAGAAGUGGCACAGAUGUCAUGUGGCUUUAAACACUCAGCAGUGGUGACCGCGGAUGGCAAAUUGUUUACAUUUGGAAAUGGUGACUAUGGUCGACUGGGUCUAGGAAACACUUCCAACAAGAAACUUCCUGAAAGAGUGACAGCACUGGAGGGUUAUCAGAUUGGACAGGUGGCCUGUGGACUAAACCAUACUGUAGUUGUGUCCACAGAUGGCUCAAUGGUUUGGGCUUUUGGAGAUGGAGAUUAUGGAAAACUUGGUCUGGGAAAUUCCACAGCAAAAUCCUCACCACAGAAAGUGGAUAUUCUUUGUGGAAUUGGAAUAAAGAAAGUUGCCUGUGGAACGCAGUUUUCUGUUGCAUUGACAAAAGAUGGUCAUGUAUAUACUUUUGGACAAGAUCGGCUGAUUGGCUUGCCUGAGGGCCGAGCUCGAAAUCACAACAGACCACAGCAAGUUCCAGUGCUGUCAGGAAUCUUCAUUGAAGAUAUAGCUGUAGGAGCAGAGCAUACACUAGCUUUAUCAUCAUCUGGUGAUGUGUAUGCCUGGGGUAGCAACUCAGAAGGGCAGCUUGGACUGGGCCAUACCAACCAUGUCAGAGAACCCACCUUAAUAACUGUUCUACAAGGAAAGAAUAUUCGACAGAUCUCAGCAGGACGUUGUCACAGUGCCGCCUGGACUGCCCCACCUGUCCCACCGAGAGCUCCAGGUGUGUCAGUGCCUUUACAGCUUGGUUUACCUGAUGCCAUUCCACCACAGUAUGGGGCACUGAAGGAAGUGAGCAUUCAUACAGUGAGAGCGAGACUCAGACUGCUGUAUCAUUUUUCAGACCUCAUGUACUCUUCAUGGAGAUUACUUAAUCUCAGCCCCAAUAACCAGAACAGCACAUCUCAUUACAAUGCUGGAACAUGGGGAAUAGUCCAAGGACAACUAAGACCAUUAUUGGCACCAAGAGUCUACACACUUCCCAUGGUACGCUCCAUUGGAAAAACCAUGGUUCAGGGGAAAAACUACGGGCCUCAAAUUACUGUAAAAAGAAUAUCAACCAGAGGUCGGAAAUGUAAGCCUAUUUUUGUACAAAUAGCAAGACAAGUGGUAAAGCUGAAUGCUUCAGAUCUUCGCCUACCUUCCCGUGCCUGGAAAGUGAAAUUGGUUGGAGAAGGGGCUGAUGAUGCAGGGGGGGUGUUUGAUGACACUAUUACAGAAAUGUGCCAGGAACUUGAAACUGGUGUGGUAGACCUGCUUAUUCCUUCCCCAAAUGCUACCGCUGAAGUAGGCUACAAUAGGGAUAGGUUUCUUUUUAACUCUUCAGCCUGUUUAGAUGAACAUCUGAUGCAGUUUAAGUUCUUAGGCAUUCUGAUGGGCGUGGCGAUUCGUACCAAGAAGCCUUUAGAUCUUCAUUUGGCCCCAAUGGUUUGGAAGCAACUUUGUUGUAUCCCACUUACUUUGGAAGAUUUAGAGGAGGUGGACUUGCUGUAUGUGCAGACCCUCAACAGCAUUCUUCACAUUGAAGACAGUGGGAUUACUGAAGAGAAUUUCCAUGAGAUGAUUCCUCUAGAUUCCUUUGUCGGACAAAGUGCUGAUGGUAAAAUGGUUCCCAUAAUUCCUGGUGGGAACAGUAUCCCACUUACCUUUUCAAACAGGAAAGAAUAUGUGGAGAGGGCAAUUGAGUACAGACUUCAUGAAAUUGACCGUCAGGUGGCUGCUGUGAGAGAAGGAAUGUCUUGGAUUGUUCCAGUUCCCUUGUUGUCUCUUCUGACGGCUAAGCAAUUGGAACAGAUGGUUUGUGGAAUGCCAGAAAUCUCAGUUGAGGUCCUGAAGAAAGUUGUGCGGUACAGAGAGGUUGAUGAACAGCAUCAGUUAGUUCAGUGGUUCUGGCACACCCUCGAAGAGUUUUCAAAUGAGGAAAGAGUCCUUUUCAUGAGGUUUGUGUCAGGAAGAUCUCGAUUGCCAGCAAACACUGCUGAUAUCUCUCAGCGAUUCCAAAUAAUGAAGGUUGAUAGGCCUUAUGACAGCUUGCCUACCUCACAGACUUGUUUCUUUCAACUGAGGCUUCCACCGUACUCCAGUCAACUAAUCAUGGCAGAGCGUUUGCGGUAUGCAAUCAAUAAUUGCAGGUCUAUAGAUAUGGACAAUUACAUGCUCUCGCGCAAUGUGGACAAUGCAGAGGGCUCGGACACAGAUUAUUAACUUUCUGUGAACAAAAUCAUCUUCCUUUUAUUACAAAUAGUGCCCUAAGUCCAAUUCAAUGUUGACACAAUUUUAUGGUAACCAUUGAUGUUUUAGGAGCAUAAACAGACAUUAAUAAGCAGUGGCCACAUUUUAGUUACUCUAAAUGUAACAACAAAUUAGAUGUUUUUAUUUUUUGGUGAUUGUUUAAAAAAAAAAAAAAGGGCAAAACCCCCCCCAAAAGUGCAGUCAGUAAGUUUUUUCCAUAUUUUGGUCACUUUUGAUAAUUUUGCAUGGAGCCAUUUUGGUGCAUUUUUUGUUGGGAAUGGUACAUUUGUAAGCCCUCCCAGUGAACAUGAAGAGUUGUACAUUGUGUAUAAUUGUUCAUUAGCAAGGACAGUUUUACAUGAAUAGUCCUAUAUUUAUUUUGUUUUAAUUUGAAUUGCCUGUGCAGGGUUCCUUAUGCGGAGAAAAUAAAGCAAAUACAAGAAUGAA